GGCGCCAAAGCAGAAAUUUCCUCAUCGCAAUCAAAUUUUGCCUCUUCUGAUGUACGUGCUUGUUUACUGAAUCGGAAACUUGGGCAGUCCAGUGAUCUUGUGGGGCAUAGUAGCGAUAGCGAAAGGAAGGAUGGAAUUCAGGAAGCAAAUGGUGCGCAUGGAGAAACCCGUCGACACUUGACAAAAUCAGCACGGGCAAUUCGACCAGCUCCUGCACCCCCAAUGCCACCAAUUGUCAAGUUGAAACCACCGAUUCCGGCGCCACGACGUUUUCCAUCGGUUACCAGAGAGCCGAAAUCAAGGGACCAUGUGCGAAGAUGUCGAGCUUUGUACGACUGUAGCGCUGAUAAUCCGGAUGAAUUAUCUUUUCAACAAGGCGAUAUAAUUGUUGUUACGAAAGAGAGAAUUGCCGGUGAAGACGAUACAUGGAUGGUGCGUUUUUAUUAA